GUCUCUUCACUCACGUUGCGAAUCGUCAAACGAAGAACUUCUUCGCUAUCCUAGAAAGUACAUUUUUAUAAUCGAACAAAGCGAACAAAGAAAGAAAAAACAAAGAUGGCUAAAGCACCCGCAGUUGGUAUUGAUCUUGGCACCACCUACUCGUGCGUUGGUGUCUUCCAGCACGGAAAAGUGGAAAUCAUCGCCAACGAUCAAGGAAAUCGUACAACGCCCAGCUAUGUUGCAUUCACAGAUACCGAACGAUUAAUCGGUGAUGCCGCCAAAAAUCAAGUUGCCAUGAACCCGAACAACACAAUUUUCGAUGCCAAGCGACUUAUUGGACGUCGGUUCGAAGACACUACAGUUCAAGCAGAUAUGAAACACUGGCCAUUCCUUGUUGUGAAUGAUGAUGGCAAGCCUAAGAUUAAAGUACAGUACAAAGGAGAGAUGAAGACUUUCUUCCCUGAAGAAGUGAGUUCAAUGGUCCUGGUAAAAAUGAAGGAGACUGCUGAGGCAUACCUUGGAAAGACCGUCACUAAUGCUGUGAUCACUGUACCUGCUUACUUCAACGACUCGCAGCGUCAGGCAACCAAGGACGCUGGCACCAUUUCGGGCUUAAACGUUUUACGUAUUAUCAACGAGCCCACUGCGGCCGCCAUUGCUUACGGCUUGGACAAGAAAGCCACUGGCGAACGCAACGUCCUAAUUUUCGACCUUGGCGGUGGCACCUUCGAUGUAUCUAUUCUGACAAUCGAAGAUGGCAUCUUUGAGGUCAAGUCCACAGCAGGAGAUACUCACCUUGGUGGUGAAGAUUUUGAUAACCGCAUGGUCAAUCACUUCGUUCAGGAGUUCAAGCGUAAAUACAAGAAAGAUCUUACCGCUAAUAAGCGUGCCCUUCGUCGUCUUAGAACUGCUUGUGAGCGUGCUAAACGCACUCUGUCAUCGUCUACUCAAGCGAGUAUUGAAAUUGAUUCCCUCUAUGAGGGAAUUGACUUCUACACUUCGAUCACCAGGGCUCGUUUCGAAGAGCUUUGCGCUGAUCUGUUUAGAGGAACACUUGAGCCAGUAGAGAAAUCACUGCGUGACGCUAAAAUGGACAAGGCUCAAAUUCAUGACAUUGUCUUGGUUGGUGGAUCCACACGUAUUCCUAAGAUCCAGAAGCUGUUGCAAGACUUCUUCAAUGGCAAGGAAUUGAACAAAUCUAUCAACCCUGAUGAAGCUGUUGCUUACGGAGCUGCUGUCCAAGCUGCUAUCUUGCAUGGUGAUAAGUCUGAAGAAGUACAGGAUCUGUUGCUUCUUGAUGUUACGCCUCUGUCCCUUGGUAUUGAAACUGCUGGUGGUGUCAUGACUGCUCUUAUCAAGAGGAAUUCGACCAUUCCAACAAAACAGACACAAACAUUCACCACUUUUGCCGAUAACCAACCUGGUGUAUUGAUCCAAGUCUACGAAGGAGAGCGUGCAAUGACAAAGGACAACAACCUGUUAGGUAAAUUUGAGCUAAGUGGAAUUCCACCAGCACCCCGAGGAGUUCCUCAAAUCGAAGUUACAUUCGACAUCGAUGCCAAUGGUAUUCUGAACGUCACUGCAGUGGACAAAUCUACUGGCAAGGAGAACAAAAUCACCAUCACCAAUGACAAGGGCCGUCUUAGCAAGGAGGAAAUCGAGAGAAUGGUCAACGAAGCUGAGAAAUAUCGUAGUGAAGAUGAAAAACAAAAGGAACGAAUUGCUGCUAAGAACGGUCUUGAGUCUUACUGCUUUAACAUGAAGAGCACAGUGGAAGAUGAGAAGUUGAAGGACAAGAUCAGUGCCAGUGACAAGACUGUGGUACUGGAUAAAUGCAAUGACAUCAUCAAAUGGCUCGACGCCAAUCAGCUGGCUGAUAAGGAAGAGUAUGAACAUAAGCAAAAGGAAUUGGAAGCUAUAUGUAAUCCUAUUGUCACGAAGUUGUAUCAGGGAAGUGGAGGUAUGCCUGGUACUGGAAUGCCUGGUGGCUUCCCAGGAGCAGGAGCCGCUCCAGGUGGAGCUCCUACUGGUGGUGCAGCUGGUGGUCCUACCAUUGAAGAAGUCGACUAAUCUUCUCAAUUACCACUGCCAUCUACAUGUGUUCACGCAGAGAAAAAGGAACAGCGAAUUUAAAGAACAUAGAAACUAUUACAGCUGCGGUCUUUUCGUUCCUCAGUAUGAUUUAGCUAUGCUUGUUUUCAUGUACGCAUUUGAAAACAGAUUAUUACGUUUAUAUUUAUUUUAUUUCUGUAGAACUGGAAAAACGACUUAUUCUUGAUUUUUUUUAUUGUGGAAUCCAAGUAACACUGGAAAACGUAAUUUAAUAACUGUCCAUUAGUUAAUAAUGUGGAUAAAAAAAAAGAUCUGUUGAUUUUCUAUGUUCGAAAAACUUCGACUGAAAAAUAAACCAAUCAUGUGAAACUUAAAAA